AAUGUCACUUAUCUUCGAUUAAUGUUGACAACGGCUUGAUACACAAUUUGGGUGGGUUUUCUGCUCUCUUAGUGUCUUUUACGCUUAAUUUCCGCAAAACUUUGUAAUAUUUAGCAUGCUUAGCUGCUUCUUAGCAUUAAUUUAACAUGAAUAUUGAAUAUCUGGCGCACGGCAAUCCAAGUCGGGAAUCUGGUGUUGUAAGUGAUUGUGACACAAUGGCUGAAUUAGCUGCUUUAUUACGUUCAGAAAUCCCGGAGGGACGAAGCAAUCUCACUGAGAACCACACAAAUCUACAAAGAGUGGCUGAGUACUGUGAGGCAAAUUACUUUCAAAAUGAUAAUAAAAGAGGAGCUUUAGAAGAAACCAAAAACUAUACAACACAGUCUUUAGCUAGUGUUGCAUACCAAAUUAAUACUUUAGCAUAUAAUUUCUUACAAUUAUUGGAUUUGCAAACUGCUCAACUUGCGGAGAUGGAGAGUCAGAUGAACCACAUUUCCCAAACUGUAAUGAUUCACAAGGAAAAGGUGGCAAGAAGAGAGAUUGGUGUAUUGACUGCAAACAAAUCUACUAGUAGACAGUAUAAGAUUAUUGCUCCAGCUAAUCCAGAGAAACCUAUAAAAUACCUAAGAAAACCUAUAGAUUACUCAAUUUUUGAUGAUAUUGGUCAUGGGGUGAGGGGUAAUAUGACACCCAGGCAAAAACAAAGAGGGUCAAGUUCAGGAAGCAUUCAUUCUGUCAAUGCAAUACCUGGAAAUUCCAUGGUGGGUCCUGCACCUACCACUAAACCGCCAACUCCACCUCAGGUUUCUAGAACAUCAAGUAAAGUAUCUGUCAGUGGAGGUACUCUAAGUAAGGGUAGUCGAGAGUACAGAACUCCUCCUGCCGUAGCGCCUCCUCAAGUUCCUAGCCACUAUGCUCCAAAUUACCCAAUUGGCCACCCCAGGCGGUCUGGCGAACGUGGGCCUGGAUACAGCACCCUGCCCAUGGGGUCUCACAAUCAAGCCACCCCCCAAGUUGGGAUGGUCCAUCCAAUGGCCCAACAGCAGCCUCAGACGCCUCCGCCGCCGCCGCCUCCGGGCAACGUUAGCUACGUCCCAGACCACCCGAUUAGUAUGCCACCUCCGCCAUCCCCAUUAAUUAACAGUCAGGAGAUGGUGCUGUCCUCAAACCAACAUCAUCCAAUGAUGAUGGGCGGACAGCACGGUCCCGUACCCCACGGUAGCCUGGGCAUGCACACAUUGUCGCAUGCUCAAGGACACCGCAUUUCUCAACAGUUGGCAUCGUCAUUGGGACGCGGCAGUGGGUCGCAGUCCCCUCCGUUGCCCCCGCCGCCGCCACCUGAGCACGAUGAACAUGAAGCUUUCGGACGACCUAGAACGUCUGGAGUUAUGCCCAUUGUUCCUGAUGAGGAGGAUUUACCGGGAUGGGUUCCCAAAAACUAUAUUGAAAAAGUUGUUGCCAUAUAUGAUUACUAUGCUGACAAAGAUGACGAGUUAAGCUUCCAAGAAAGUGCAGUAAUUUAUGUAUUGAAAAAGAACGAUGACGGAUGGUGGGAAGGAGUAAUGGAUGGAAUUACUGGUUUAUUCCCUGGAAAUUAUGUCGAGCCUUGUGUCUGAAUAUGACACGUUUAAUUAUUAGAAAAUAGAGCACUGAAGUUGAAAGUAAAGAUUGUGUUUAAUUAUGCUUCUUAUCAAAUUAUUCAACAUAAUAAUACACAUAAAUAUUUUAUACGUUUAUUUAAUGUCAAUAUUUAAUAUAUACCUUAAGAAUUAUUUAAAUCUGCAAAUCAAAUAUUAUUUUGUAGUUGAUUUACUUAUAUAUAAAAAAUAGAACAUAAAACUACUAACUCCUGUUAUAAUUGUGUAUAUUGUAAAUUAUGAUAUACAUUGAUAGCAUGGUACAAAAUAUAUUUAUACAUUAAUUUAUAAUUGUUUAUAUUUG